AUGGCGACCAUACUCGAUGCCAUGAUGGAUGAUCUUGGCGAUGGUCGGAUGGAAGAUCUUGCCAGAGAUAACCGAAGAGACCGACAUUUCGACCCGAUCCUCAAGUCAACCACAAAGUCAGUCGCAUCAAAUGGCGGUCCCAAAACCGAGAACUUGGGGGCUCAAAUGUGGCAAAAUGCCGUGGCCGAGAAUUUAUUCCACGACGAUGAUGCCUUGGGCGUUCAAGGACUCGACAGCAUCGCUGACGGUAAUCUGCACCGUCUGAGACGUGAACAAAGUGGUCCAGCCCGAGGAGGGUUUGGAGCUGGUAGCAGCCGCGGCGGUUUCCACGGAUCCGGCUCCCUGCCUGGAUUUGGACGCGGAAGGGGCGAGUUACGGCACCAAAUUGACCGUAUGUUAAAGAAUACAGUCUAUGAUCCGGCUAAUCCCAAUGCCGGCCGCGGUCGUGCUCCUCGACUUUGCCCAAACUCAGAACGGAGCAAUGAGCCGUCAUUCGGAGUCACCAGCCUUGGCGGGCUACCGCCACCUGGGGCAAUGGUAAAGCGAUGGAAACCUGGCAGAGGCGUCUCAAAUAAUGCUGCUGGUCACUCAACUCCUACUGGAGUUGGACGCGGUCCGCCUUUUCCACUGCCGGCCCGGCCUACUACUCCCCGAUUGUCCAGCAUCGGUCGAGGAACACCAGGACUGCAAAAAUCUCGUCACGCACCUCCGACUACAAAUCCUGUCAGAACUGCACCUACCUCAAGACGUGAGACUUCUAUGGCAAGCACGACCUCCAUGCUAUCGCAGAAACGUCAGAAUGGUGCUUUUUCAGUGCGCCAGGCUGCGGUUACCGAGCCUGGCCGGGCAGCUGUGGUGUCACCUCGUCUACGAGAACCCUCAGAAGCUCCCACUGUUAGUCUAUCUGACCUUCAAUGUCCAUCUACACCUGCUCCCAUAACGCCUCCUAUCUCUACAGCGACGGGUCAAAACACCAAUGACCUGCCUCAGAGGCAGUCAUCCCCAGCAGCUUCGUCCUCAAGUGAAAUAGACAAGGUAGCGCAAAAGCUUUCUGCGUUAUCUCACUCGCGAACUAGUUCCCUAGCUCCAGAAUUUGCUGUUACAAAUCAAGUAGCAGUAGAAUUUCCACAUGACUUGCGACCUACUUCGUGUAUCCCCCAGCGGGCUCCAGCAAGUCGCGAAGUACCAGUCAAGUCGCCUGCAGCUUCAACUGUGCCCACUACUGCAUCUUCGCCUCGACUGUGCAUUGCUGCAACCAUUGCUUCAACAUCUAUGGAAAGGCAGCAAAGCACCGACGCUGGAGCUAUACUACAGAAGCCGCAAGUACUCUCCGCAGCCCCAACUCAAAUCACUGCAACCCAGGGAGGCUGUACGGCCCCUUCGAUUUCACCAAGCAUACACAUGUCUACCGAAGCUCGGUCGUCCUGCAAUCAGAGCAAGGAGAACCCCACCAAAGCUUCCACGCCCGUGAAAGCUGAGUCACCUGCUGGGGCUUCUCCAGUCACCGAAAGUGCUAACGCGGCCCAACAACUCAGAAUUCACUACGAAAGCGAUGUUGGGAUGGCUCGGAUGACUGCUGAUGGACCGGAUUGGCCUAUCUUUCACUUAUCUCUAUACGAUCUUCCCGGCAAGGACGUCGUUAUCAUGAGGCUUAGGCGCGAUGAAAUGAUCAUGCAAGAAGAUGUUCGCUCUAUCAUCCAACCAAUGUGGUUGCAAGGAAGCUGCCUAGCUUUUCGCAGAAGUGACGGACCAGACACCUGUAACAUGAGAAUCUCUAAUCUUCAAUUCGAUAGUAUCUCCGCCGUCAAUCGAUUUAAGAACGAGGUACUUCGUCAGCAGGAACGCCUCAAGGAGUCAAAGGAGCCGUUAUUCCAGGCAGUAUCGUCUUCGCCAACCGCGGCGAAGAGUGUUCCCCUUCCCCUGCCUCAAACAAGUUCGACUGCUCCUGUAUAUUCUGCCAAUAAAAAGGCGAAAUCUCCAGUUGAAGUACCGCCGGCGUCGAUAACUCUGUCUCUUGAGGAUAAGACUCGGGUGGCUGCUGCUGGGUCAAUCGCAUCCGAGGUUGUUGAGAAUGAGGCAAUUGUUCCUGGGGUAACUUCUGCUGAACCCGCCGCGCCUAAGUCAAAUAAGUAUCAGGCAACAGAGACUAGCAAAGAAUCACCAGAUCAGGAUCUCCUAGUUGAAACUGGAGAGCCAUCGACCUCAACUAGUGAAACUAUUUCCGUUAUGUUUACUCCAGCUCCUCAGGCAGUCAAUCUCUCGCAGUCGGCGCAAGGAGGUGGCGCAAUAUUCAAUCACGCCAGGACGAAGCUUGCAUACUCUCCGGACAAUUUGAUCAGCCUCGGUGCUUCGGAUUCCGACACUGAGCCCGAAAUUUUGGUACCAAGUCGCAGUCAAUAUGCCGAUGAUCUUUGGGACUUCGAUAAUUCAGUUACUCCUGUCAGCGAAGCUACACCGAAGGAAGACCCUGUUACUAUCACAAACGCAGUAGGCAACGCUACCAAGCCUGAUGACCUUAUCCAGCUUGAAGACGAAGCCGACAACAUAAAACCUACUGAUGCGGUGAGAGCAACACCUACAAGCGCCAGUCGUGUCCUUGACCUGGACGUUAUUGGAUCUGUUCCCGUUGGCAUCGACUUGUCGCAAAGUUCUAUGAUCAUUCUGUCCAAGCUUUCUCCUGAAGACUACGCCCUCAUGCUUAUUGCAGUAAAGAACCUGAUGGCUAUAUUCAAGGGCGCCGUUGUGCCGGUCAACACGAAUAGGGACCGGGCACAGAGAGAAGUACUUCUACAGAUCAGUGCAUAUCACUUCCUGCGGGAUGAUGCCUUCAAGAUUCUCAGCGAUGAAGACCAGGAAAGCAUCGUUGCGGUUGUAUAUGCUAACUUGUGCCAACUGUGGACUCACGGGAAUGUGAGCUACACUUGCGAGCAGCUCUUCCGUCUGAGAAAGUACACUGGCCCGCGCCCCAAGGAGAUGGAUGAGCUGGCAGAGCUCGUAUCCCUAGCAAGACAAAUCAAUGGCCCAGCUUUGCCUGAACUAAAGCCUGCACUGACUCCCACGUUGAACCCUCGUAUAUCCAAAGAAGCUGACCAAAAGGCCACCUUUUGGUCAGCGUCGAAGGGCGGAUGGGUGAACGGAUCACCUAUCACCCCCUCCUCCGACAGCAUGCAGGGCUCGCCGCCGAAGAUAUCUGAGAAAAAGCCGCCCCUUUCAGAGGAGGUGAAGAUGAUCAGUGAUUCUGCUGGUCAUGUAUCUGUUGGUUCUCCUGUCAGCCGCCAACUGAAAAGAGAGUUGCCAAUGCUGAUUCUACAGAAGCGAGAUGCCGAGAAAGAACCAACCUCGGCACCAUCUGAGAAGAAAUACCAAAACAGGGCUACAUUUGAGACCACCGAAGAAACGGAAGAUGUCAUCAAAACGGAGGGGCCAACCUUCAUUCUUGAGGACCACACCAACCCAAUUGCGUCGCACCUCCAAGGAAUCUGCCACAGCCUUGGCGACAAAGGACUUCAAGGGUCGCGACAUGCCUAG